CCCUGCCUUGCAGCUUGCCAGCCAUCAGUGGGCUCCGCUCUUCGCCAGCGUCACUCCUCCAACGAACGCCCAGUCCCCAACAACAGCCCCGUCGUUUGUCAGUACCGCUGCGACUUGUUUAUUCCAACCGAUAUACCGUUUGCGCCCUUGAACCGAGUGGCGCUUAUAACACCAGAACCUCUUAUUAUCUCUUUAUCGGGGAUCGCAUACCAGCAUCAGCAAGUGUUCCAGUCCCACGUUACUCGACUCGACUCGACUCUCGAUCGCCUUCCCCACACCAUUCACGAUUCAGCGAGACACCGGCGCCAUGUCUAAGCAAAAGAAGGUCCUUUUGAAGGUCAUCAUCUUGGGCGACAGCGGUGUCGGCAAGACGAGUCUGAUGAACCAAUAUGUCAACAAGAAGUUCAGCGCCAGCUACAAGGCCACGAUCGGGGCUGAUUUCCUGACUCGCGAGGUCAUGGUGGACGACCGCCGGGUUACGAUGCAGCUCUGGGAUACGGCAGGCCAGGAACGGUUUCAGUCUCUCGGCGUGGCCUUUUACCGAGGAGCUGAUUGCUGCGUCUUGGUGUACGAUGUCAACAACUCCAAGAGCUUCGACGCACUCGACAGCUGGCGGGACGAGUUCCUGAUCCAAGCAUCCCCGCGAGACCCGGAUAACUUCCCGUUCGUGGUGCUUGGAAACAAGAUCGACGUGGAGGAGAGCAAACGAGUGAUCUCGAACAAGAGGGCUAUGACCUUCUGCCAGUCGAAAGGAGGCAUCCCCUACUUUGAGACCAGCGCAAAGGAGGCGAUCAACGUAGAGCAGGCAUUUGAAGUGAUUGCAAGGAACGCGCUGCUUCAAGAAGAGUCGGAGGAGUUCAGCGGGGACUUCCAGGACCCGAUCAACAUCCACAUCGAGAACGACCGAGACGGUUGCGCAUGCUGAGCAGGGAGGAAGCUAAAUUGAUUCGGAUUUCACUUGUUCUACUGGUUAUGUGCUUUGUAUGAUAUCAUGCCUGGUGUGUCUGGCUGCUUUUGCUCCAAACGGGAGAGUUCCGGUUGUCAUUUGUGUCCCAGGGUUAGCGUCUGUGGGAUGCCUCAUAGAGGUGGAUGCCUUGGUGUAAAUUGAAUACUAUACAGUAUAUAGUAUCCGGUCUAUCAGUGCUGUACGAUGGUGGGUUCAUCUGAUGUUGCGACUGUGGCACUGGCCUCAACAUAAAGUACACAGCCCCAACUCUGCUUCUCUUGUGAGUUCAAACAAGGGGCUCC